UUUCGCCUUGAGUUUCUUUUAAACUUCUUCAAUUUAAUUUCUUCUAACUGCAGUAUUUAACAAAAAUGACUUGUAACUGCAUACUAAACUUAAUACGCUCAGGAAUUCCACAUUCUCACAUUAUCGAAGGUUUAUUUAUAAAAUUGGCAACAUGUGUCCGCAAUAGUGUAAUGUUUGGGGGUCUGCUGAUAAACUAUAAUUUCGAUUAAAAAGGUUGCCCCGAUAAGAACCGUCCGCAGUCGUAUAUCACCGAGGCUAAUAACCAUAAGAUGUUGAAGCCUUUAUCUCAAAUUAAAAAAAAUAAAUAAAAAAACUUGUUCUCUGAGAUUAAAACGAUUAAACGAAUAAAUCGAUUUUUAACGAGAUUAUAUCUUAAAACCUUUAUGUCCGUGAUAUAAUUAAAGAAAUUAAGUCUAAAAAAAAAAAAAAACGUAUUUCUUAACGCUCAAAAUGUACAUUUUAAUUAAUUAGCCGGCCACAUUGAAUGCUCGAAUAGCCGGUUCGCAUGUUUGUAUCCAAUACGAAUCACACUCUCGUUAGAUACAAAAAUAGGUACAACACUUUCGUGCAUUAAACACGAAUAUUGUUAGUUUACAGCCAUCUGGAUUUGACUAUUGGAUAGUAACAUAAUUAUUUUCCGUGAUCACAAUCUAAAUUAUGUAUGCGUGAAUAUACGAUUUUGUGAUCCGCGCUAACAAUUGGUUUGAUCAUUUUUGUGUGAUGUUUUGCAUCUUAUAAACCAUUAAUUUCAUCAACGAUCAUCAAUCUCGGUCGUAUAAAAUACUGUCAAGUCCAGAUUACAGUUGAAAGAAAUAUUUGUUUUUUCAUUUAACAACAACUAUGGAAAUUAGUUGUAAACCGGUUGAAAUAUUUAAUAUGGUACAAUCAAUUGUCCAUCGCAUAAAUAUUAACAAUUUUGAUAAAAUGGCAAAAACAAUUAUUUCCAUACCGAAGAGAACAAUUUAUAUAUUCGAAAACAUUGUGGAUAUAAUUUAUUUUCAGGCUUUAAAUAGAUCAAAUUUCGCAGUUUUAUACGCACAGUUAUGCGCAUACAUGGUCAAUGAUGGUGCGUUUAACACACUUCACAAUUCUAAGGCAACUUUUCAGAAAGUCUUAGCCCAAAAAAGCUUUGAUGAUUUUACGUCAUACUAUUCUCGUACUCCUCAAAAAGAAGUACACACAUUAAAAGAAAAGUUUAUGAACAGUAAUAUGACACCAUAUAAUUUCAAGAAUAGAUUGAAUAAUUUUCAUUUCCAAUAUUAUAAUAGGUCUUUAACCCAUUGCAAAUUUAUCGGUGAAUUAUUCAAACAAGGGGCUUUUACCGAAAAAAAUAUAAUGGCGUUCAUUAACGAAUUAAUGAAAGUAAAAGAUGUUCUAAAUAUUCAUUGUUUAUGUAUAAUAUUACAAAUAGCAGGACCAAAACUAUCAAAAACUCAUAAUUUGGACAGUAUAGUAUAUCGUAUUUUAUUAUUUAAAAUUAAAAAUUCUGACCUCAUAAAAAUUUCACCAACUUUAAAGUCUUUGAUAUUCAAAAUACAAAACUUGAAUUUAAAAGGUUGGAUAAAUGAAGAACCUGUUAUGUUAAUUGAGGGCAAUGAGAAACAUAGUUCAUUUGAAAAAUUGCCAGAGCAAUUAAAAAAAUCAUAUGAAUUUAAAUCAUAUACUGUAAUGGCCCAGUGUAUUAUUGAUGAAUGUAUUGUUGUUCUUAACAAUUUUGACACGAAGAAAAGUAUCAAUGAAAUUGUACAUAUGUUAAAUAAUGUUAACUCAUGGAUAAAAUAUGAUCAAGUAUCAUUUAUUGUUUCUAUGAUACAUAUAACACUAAAAGAAAAUCAAAGUAUUCGCCAUAAGGCUGGUAUACUUUUAGACAAACUUGUUAUAGAAGGCUUGUUAUUAAGUAAUUCGGUUUUAUCGGGAAUUGACAAAGUAAUGGAUGACUCAGAAAUGGAGAUAGAAUUUCCAAGAUUAUCAGAUUUAAUAUUCGACAUCACUAAUAGGCUUACAUAUCUUGAUAUGAAUUCAGCUUAAUAUUGUU